AGUGUGUUUACUUGUCUUCUCUCUGAUGUUGUGUUGGCUUGCCUCUUGCCUUCUUGGGAUGUUGUUGUUUGUUCGGUCGUUCCUUUUCAUGCAGUCCUUGCUGGCUGCGCUGGGGUCGGUUCAAUUCAUUUCGAAUGUCGCAUUCGCAUACCUUGUGUUAAAGGAGACUGUCACUGGCAGGAUCAUGAUUGCAACAGGUUUUAUCGUUGUUGGAAACAUCUUUUUGGUCUCCUUUGGAAAUCAUCAGUCCAAAACUUACAGUCAUCAAGAAUUAUUGAGGAACUACAUCGAUCAUGUCUUCCUGGUCUACGUCUUUGGUCUCCUCCUCCUCGUUCUCUUGCUCUAUUUUACGUACAGGAAAGGAAGACAGAUGAUUGCUGCGAAGGGUGAUGAUGGGGUUGGCAUAUAUUGGCAUAUGUUGCUUCCCUUCUCCUACGCCAUGGUUUCCGGGAUCAUAGGCACACAGAGUGUUCUUUUCGCCAAGUCUUUGUCUAUUUUGUUGAGAUUAACGGUGAAUGGAGACAGCCAGCUCAAUGGAUGGUUUACAUAUGUUGUGCUGACACUUUUCAUCAUGACCGCUGCUUUUUGGAUGAUCAGGCUGAAUCAAGGGCUGGCAAUGUUCGAUGCGAUUUUGAUAGUGCCAAUGUUGCAGAUUGUGUGGACGUUUUUCUCUAUCUCCACUGGAUUUGUGUAUUUCGAGGAGUAUCAGGUAUUUAACUCCUUUAAGGCCUCCAUGUUCGGCCUCGGAGUUCUAUGUAUCAUUUGCGGGAUGUUUCUGUUGUCACCAAGAGGCGGAAAAGAAAUGGAUGAUGGGGAUAAGGAGUUGCAAUUGGAGGUGGAAGAGUUCCGCGAGCUAAAGAGGAUGUCAACGUGCAAGAGGACCGGACAAGGCGAGGAGCUCAUCCCUGUGAUUUUGCCGUUGGAAGCCUCUGCCACAUGACCGAACUGUUUCUUGUGUCCUUCUCCUUCCCUCCCUACUCCCCAUUGCUAUUUCCAUCAGUCAAUCUGCAAGGAAAAUAAGCAACAGCGAGA